UUCUAAAUUUUCUUACGUCACCGGUACUCCACUUCCUUGCACAGCCACCGCCGUAACUCUAUAUACCAUCACUGCCACAAUUUUUUACAUCGCCAUUGCCGUAGCUCUGACACCACCACCGUCGCUGCAACUCUUUACUUUUUCCGUUGCCGCUCACUGCAAAUCCAUCGUCGUCUCCGCAACCUCACUUUCUCCGUAAAACAAAAAUACUUUUCCAAUUUCUUUUUCUAAUCCCUAGAUCCCUCUCGAACCCCAUCUUCGCCAUCUCGGGUUUCUCCUAUUUUUUUUGUGAUUUAGACACACACACUCUAGUUGAUUUGGUUAAAUCCCACCGUACAACAAUUCUUCUUCGCAUCGUGAUCCACAUCAUUAGCACACGAACCGUGUUCUCCACUGCAACAGAACAGAUUCCGACAUGCCAAAAGAACUAGGAAACACUUAAUACUACUUAUCUCCUGACCUCAAAUCCCAGAAAACUACAUCCACAAGGCUGGCCACAUCAUUGCUUUUGCUGGUAACCACAUCCACAUGUUAAAUCCUAGACAACUACAUCCACAAGCCCCUGUCCACUCAAGGAACGGAGAUGGUGGUGGUGCUGGCCGCAUAAAAAACAGCGAUGGUGAUGGCUCUUGAAAAACUGGCAAAGAUGGUAGACGGUGGUGGCCGUGGAAGAAAUCGCAAUAGUGGUGCAGAGCAAUUACGCAGAAGGAAGUGAAAUUGGUUUUGAGAGGACGAAAAUGUUAAGGCUUUUGGGGAGAAGGGCAGUUUCAGCUUCUCAAGAGCUUACUAGUGUUCAUCAAUGGAGGAUCCGAACCGAUUCAAAGCCAGAUCCUUUUCGGAUCUUCCGGGGACUACUACAAAAGGGUUUCUGCGUUGGAGUUCUCCCUGACGGAGUUGACAGAAAGUCUGAGGCUUUUUCUAGCAACUCUAUCGCCAUGGAAGGAAUCUUAUCCCAGCUUCGCUCCCACAUUACAAAGGUAUUAGCUGGAGGUGGAGAGGAUGCGGUGAAGAGGAACAGAAGUAGAAACAAGCUUUUGCCUAGAGAAAGGAUUGAUAAGCUUCUUGAUCCUGGUUCGUCCUUCUUGGAGCUCUCUCAGCUUGCAGGACAUGAACUGUACGAGGACCCUUUACCAUCAGGCGGCAUCAUCACAGGGAUAGGACCAAUCCAUGGCCAUCUCUGUAUGUUCAUGGCAAACGAUCCCACAGUCAAAGGAGGGACUUACUAUCCCAUAACCAUCAAGAAACAUCUCAGGGCACAAGAGAUUGCUGCUCGGUGCAGACUCCCUUGCAUAUACCUAGUUGACAGCGGAGGCGCUUACCUUCCGAAACAGUCAGAGGUUUUCCCUGACAAGGAGAAUUUCGGUAGAGUUUUCUACAACGAGUCUGUUAUGUCAUCAGAAGGGAUCCCACAGAUCGCCAUUGUCUUAGGCUCGUGCACUGCCGGUGGUGCUUAUAUCCCUGCCAUGGCUGAUGAGAGUGUGAUGGUGAAAGGGAAUGGUACCAUAUUUUUGGCUGGACCUCCUCUUGUGAAGGCUGCCACAGGAGAGGUAGUCUCAGCUGAAGACUUAGGAGGCGCCACGGUUCACUGUAAUGUCUCUGGUGUCUCUGAUUAUUUUGCUCAAGACGAGCUGCAUGGACUCGCUAUUGGAAGAAACAUUGUCAAGAAUCUGCACAUGGCGGCAAAACAAGGGAAGGAAGGAAGCAAAAACGUUGAAUACAAGGAACCGCUCUAUGACAUAACCGAGCUUAGGUCCAUUGCUCCUGUAGACCACAAGCAGCAGUUUGAUGUCCGGUCUAUCAUUGCUCGGAUUGUUGAUGGGAGUGAGUUUGAUGAGUUCAAGAAACAAUACGGCACUACGCUUGUGACAGGUUUCGCUAGAAUAUAUGGUCAGACGGUGGGGAUCAUAGGAAACAAUGGCAUACUGUUCAAUGAAUCUGCGUUAAAAGGAGCUCACUUCAUCGAGUUAUGUUCUCAGCGUAAAAUCCCUCUUGUUUUCCUACAGAACAUCACAGGCUUUAUGGUGGGUUCAAGAGCUGAGGCUAAUGGAAUUGCUAAAUCUGGAGCUAAAAUGGUGAUGGCAGUCUCUUGUGCUAAGGUACCAAAGAUAACUAUUAUAACGGGUGCAAGCUUUGGUGCUGGAAACUAUGCUAUGUGUGGCCGUGCGUUUAGUCCAGACUUCAUGUUCAUGUGGCCAAACGCUAGAAUUGGCAUCAUGGGAGGUCCUCAGGCAGCUGGUGUUUUAAGUCAGAUCGAAAGGGCUACCAAGAAGAGACAAGGAGUAAAGUGGACGGAGGAAGAGGAAGAAGAGUUCAAGAAGAAAACGGUGGAUGCGUAUGAGAGAGAGGCAAGUGCUUACUUCUCAACGGCGAGGCUUUGGGAUGAUGGAGUGAUUGAUCCAUCUGACACAAGAAAGGUUUUGGGACUUUGUCUCUCUGCUGCUUCGAACCGUCCUCCUGAAGAUACUCGUUUUGGUGUGUUUAGAAUGUAAAACAACUUUGAAACAUUUUACAUUUUCGAAUAAUAAGAGUACAUAGAAGUGGAAAAAAAGAACACUUUCAUAUUACCUGCAGA